AUGAGACAUAAUUCACGAAGACUAGCUGCUGUUUUUAGCAGAUGGAGAGGGUUGGGACAGGGAGCAUAUCUGGGUGGAGCAGCUGGAAAACUUGGAGCUGCUGCUGCACUUGGGCAGGGUGGUUAUCCCCAAGGUGUUGCAGGAAAGUCGACUGGUUAUGGUGAUGGAGCAACAGGAUAUCUUGGUGCUGUGGCAGGGAACGGCUUGGGUUACGGGAAUGGUGACGGCUAUGGAGCUGCCCUCAGUCCUGGAGGCUAUGCUGGACAGGUCCAGGGGGGCUAUGGAGCACUUGGGGCAGGCCUGGAAUCAACUGGUGGCAAAUAUGGAGGAGGAGCUGGUCAGGCUCCUUAUGGUAAUGCCCCAGUGCUUCCUGCUGGACUGGAAGGUGAUGGCGGCUAUCCGUAUGCUGCACAGCAGCUUGGUCUUGGAGCUGAAGGUGCUAAAUCUGCAAAAUAUGGCCCCGGUGCAGGAUAUGGAGCUCAACAAGCAGGGUUCGGUGCACAGCUAGGGCCAGCUCAAGAUGCUUUGGGAGAGCAGACUGGCAAAUAUGAUCGAGUGAAUGCUGCCCUGGGUAACGGAUACAAAGGCUAAUUCCCACGACGUUGACCUCUUCAAGUGGAUCAUUACCAUAAAGUGUUCAGUCCAAUGAGGUUGCAGAGCUUUUCUGUGUGAUUUACUCUACUUUGUUAUGUUGUCAUGUCUGUAUGUCUUUUGUUUCAUUCUUCUCAUCCACCUUGUCCUUCUCUGUGAACGGACAUCUGUAAACCAGAUGUCUGUCUGCUUGUCUCCCUCCUCUCAAACCUGCAGCACCCACGAGUUUGUUCCUGGCAGUGCUAAAAAGGCUUGGUGGUGAUUGAUAAACAUAAAUGGAUGUGAAAUGCAAGAAAUAUGUCCCUUUGUUUUGGAAUAAUGAUUUGUUCUGUUUUAAUCCAAUAAAUUAUAUCACCCAG